GCCCUUUUCAACUCGCCAUCCAUCAGGCGCGCGAGACGUGCAUCUCUUCCUUCUCUCCCACCACUCCAAAAUGGCUCGACGACUCUACCUCGGCAGACUUCCCCCGGACGCGCGCGCCGACGACGUGCAAAAAAUCUUCGAUGGUUACGGUCGCAUUGUCGACUGCCGUGUCAUGACCGGCUUUGGUUUCGUCGAGUUUGAAAACCCCAGGGACGCAGAAGACGCGGUUCACCAUUUCAAUGGCAAACCUUUCAUGGGCACCAAUAUCGUGGUUGAAUUUGCCAAAGAGAGCCGCCCGCGCAGGGACCCGUACGAACCCGAACGUGCUAUGCGCGCGAGACGUCCCCCUGGGUAUCGUCUCGUCGUCUCAGGCGUUUCUCGCGACACAAGUUGGCAGGACCUCAAAGAUUUUGGUCGUGAAGCUGGCAGUGUUUCGUACGCGGAUAUCGACCGUGAUGCGCCUGGCGAGGGGUUACGCGCUGUGAAAGACCUCGACGGAAAAGAUCUUCGUGGACAACCCGUCCGUGUAACUUUGGAUGCCAGCCGCGGUGGUCCGGACAACUAUCGCCGCGAUGACGCACGUCGCGACGACCGUCGGGACGAUCGGGAGCCCCGGGAGGACCGCUAUGCCAGAGACGACCGCCGGGAGGACCGUGUGCCCCACCGCCGCGAACGCUCCAGGUCACCUCCUCGACGUGGCGACCACGACGAUCGCCGUGCCCCCAGGUCUCCCCCUCCACGGAGGGAUGUGGAAGAUAAAAGGCCUGCAGGGGAGGAAAGAAGACGCGACGAUCGUUACGAGGACAGGGCCUCAAGGCAUGCCAAUGGGGAUAGUGGAUGGACGCGUUGAGGUCCGUAGGCCAGUGGCCCUGACGCGGUGUGGACGUGUGGACGCAGCGCGGCGCCGAGUUCCAGCGGCGU